AUGGUUAAGGCUGCUGUUCUCGGUGCUUCUGGUGGCAUUGGCCAGCCGCUCUCUCUUUUGCUCAAAAUCUGCCCUUUGGUUGAUGAACUCGCUCUUUUUGAUGUUGUCAACACCCCCGGUGUCACGGCUGACUUGUCUCACAUCUCCUCCAUUGCCGCAACCACCGGCUUUCUCAAAGACAAUGAUGGCUUGAAGAGUGCUCUUACUGGAACUGAUGUUGUCAUCAUUCCUGCUGGAAUUCCCCGCAAGCCUGGCAUGACUCGUGACGACCUUUUCAAAAUUAAUGCAGGCAUCGUUAAGGAAUUAAUCCAGGGCGUUGCCGAACACUGCCCUAAGGCAUUUGUCCUCAUCAUUUCCAACCCUGUCAACUCCACCGUCCCAAUUGCUGCUGAAGUGCUCAAGGCUGCUGGCGUUUUCGACGCAAAGAAACUUUUUGGCGUUACCACCCUAGAUGUUGUCCGCUCCGAGACGUUCUCUCAAGAAUUCACUGGCCAGAAGAACCCUGCCUCAACCGUGAUUCCUGUCAUCGGAGGACACUCCGGUGACACCAUCGUUCCGAUGUUCAGCCAAGCCAAGCCUGCCUUUGAAAUCCCAGCGGAUAAAUAUGAUGCUCUCGUUCACCGCGUUCAAUUCGGUGGUGACGAAGUCGUCCAGGCUAAGAAUGGCGCCGGAUCUGCAACCCUCUCUAUGGCGUACGCUGGAUACCGAUUCGCCGAACGUGUGAUCAAGGCUGCUAAGGGCGAGAAAGGCAUUAUUGAACCCACAUUUGUUUACCUUCCAGGAGUUCAGGGCGGUGACGCUAUCGUUAAGCAGACUGGAUUGGAAUUCUUUUCGACCCCCGUUGAACUUGGAACUUCCGGUGCCGAAAAAGCUAUCGAUAUCCUCGGCAACGCCUCCGAGAAAGAGAAGCAGCUUCUCGAGGUCUGCCUUAAGGGUCUCAAAGGCAACAUCGAGAAGGGUAUUGACUUCGUCAAAAAUCCUCCUGCUCAAAAGUAA